AGCAAGUACAAAGCACGCACAAAGUGAAGACACUAGAUCUAGAACGAGUAAUCAAAACAAUGGCCGAUGAACACAUUUCCACUAGCAAAGAUUCAGACGUUUUACCAGGCAAUGACAUUUCCAAAAUUAAUCCAGCUGGGACCAAAAUUGGAUCCUCCAAUUCAUUAAUAGUCAAUCCAAGACAGCGAGGAAAUCCAAUCCUCAAAUCUGUUCGAAACAUUCCUUGGGAAUAUGGCAAUAUAGUAGCCGAUUAUGUAAUGGGGCAGUCCAACUGUGCAUUAUUUUUAAGUUUGCGUUAUCACCAGCUACACCCAAAUUAUAUUCAUGAAAGACUAAAACAGUUGGGAAAAAGCUAUGAGUUGCGUGUUUUGUUGGUCCAAGUAGAUGUGAAAGACUGUCAUCAUUUGUUGAAAGACCUAGCAAAGAUUUGCAUCCUUGCUGAGUGUACAUUAAUUUUAGCAUUUAGCCCAGAAGAAGCUGGACGUUACCUUGAAACAUAUAAAAUUUUUGAAAAUAAACCCCCUGAAGCAUUAAUGGAAAAAACAGAAGAGAAUUUUAUGGCCAAGUUUACAGACUGUUUAACCCAAGUCAAAUCUGUGAAUAAAACAGACUGCCAAACUCUCAUAUCCCAGUUUGGGAGCCUAGCGAAUGUUAUGGAAGCUGGUCAGGAAGAUUUAUCCUUGUGUCCAGGAUUUGGUCCACAAAAGGCUAAGCGACUUCACCAAAUAUUCCAUGAACCAUUUUUAAGAUCUCAAAAAGGGACAUAAAAUUGCGCUGAUAUGUUCGCCAUACAUAAAGAUGACAAGCACCAUAAAAUUCUGAAUGUAACCAUCAAGGCACUGUAUUCUGUAUGGAAUCCUCUUUGAAAAAAAACUUGUCUGAGCUACUGCAUGUUUACUGCAGAUUAUAUGUGUUUACCAAAUCUGCCCCAAUUUUGUGAGUCAAACUCACUUGUGAGAAAUAAUUCAUGUUGCAUAUAAUUGGUAAAAAAUGUAAGAGGCUGAACUGUUUAAAAAUAAGUAGUAUUAAAAAAUUCUCUAUUGAACUGUAUAGAAGUACAAACUAUGAAACACUUAAACUCAACCGAUUGUGAUGUAGCAUAUUUUAAAACAUAAAAUUCUGCAGUUAUGGUUAGUGAUAAAUUGUAGGUCUCAGAUUUUAUUACAGCAAAUCAAUCAUGUUUUAAAUGAAAUUCUCUUUAUCUUAAUGCAGAUAAUUGAGUUGUGUAUGUGGAAUGAGAUUCAGUUAAUUGCAUUUGCACGGUGAUUAUUGCAGGGUCCAUAGCCAAAUCCCAAAAGAAAAUUCAAGGCUUUUUCAAGGUUUUCAAGGUGAUUUUGGGGGGAAUUUCAAGGUAUAAACUACCACUAACGGGCAUUACAAUGAGGGUGAUGUAUGUUUUUUGCACAUACAAUUUUUGAAAUAAUGUUGGUGUUAUUACAAAAUUAUCUAAGUCAGGAGAUUGUCUGAGAGUCCAGCAUAAUCCCAUUUGCAAUCAGUAUCUUUGGUGUCAAAUGACACUCCUCCAACUUCUAGUUUCAGAAAAACCUCUUUCAACACUGGCUUGACCAUGUGACAGAAGCAAUAGAUCUCUAACAAUUUUCCAAAUGUUCACAUAAGAAAUUUUGCUACCAAGCUGUUCUAUGAAAAAAAUGUCCAGCCUAUCAUGUUCUCAAUUAGAUUUAGAUAGACAACCAUUUAGAGUACAUGUAUCUAUGAAUGUUGAAAAUUGAAACAGAACUUGGUCACACUCAGCUGAUUCAGUUUCCAUUUGUUGACUAGGAUGUGAAGAAUUCCCUUCAUUUUUUUGGUGAACUGGCUCUAUUUUUUUUAAACAUUUGCAUUAGGCUAAGUCUCUCACUAAUGACUAAAGUAAUGGAGAUUUCAAAAAAAAAAAUUGAUGAAAAUCCGAUCAAAGUUGUCUUACAAUCAGAUUUGAAAUUGAGAAUUUGAAGCUCAUUUGCUUUUUUUAUUUUUUCUAGAGACUUUAUUAGAGAGUCAGCAACAAACCCAACUUCGAUUGAAUGACUUGUCAAUGUCAAGUGCUAAUCAGAAUCAGGUCAUUAUACAUAAAAGGAAGCAUUGGUUCGUCUGUCUGAUAGUCCUUUAAAAAGGACUCUGCACAUAUAUAGAAACAAAAAAAAAACAACCUAGCUAUGCUUGUAGAAAUUAUCCUGCUUAAUGUCACAAAUGAUCUCACGCUUUUUAAAAGAUUAUUACCUCCCCCCCCCCCUCAGUCACACAUCACAAAAAGCCAGGCCCCGCCCUCUAAAAUGACGUCACACCUCAGCCUAUAACCCCUCCCACACCCCCACCCCCUUGAUUGCAGUUCAAUUUUUCUUAAAAUAGGAUUUUUUUCCCAAAAUCUUGUCUGAACUCUGUCAAAAUUAGAGUAUUUUAAUCAAUUCCUUUUACAAUUUAUUAAAACAGUUUUCUAAAAUGCUAAAAUUCGUUUUCUGACAUUGCUUUUUAAUAAUGCAAAAGUGUGAUGUCACACGAUCUGACCCCCCCCCCCCAUCACACACCGUCACACGAUUACGGAUCCCCCCUCCCCCUACGAGUGUGACGUCAUUUAUGGACGACCCCAAUGUCCCCACCUAUGAUAUACAUGAUGACGUAAAGAAAUAUCGUGGAAGUUUUAAGUUGGUUCAUAUCGCGGAAUAACAGAAUUAAGUUUUUUUUUUUUAAAACAAGUAACUACGCUAGUAAUACUCAUGUCAGAGAUGUAGCCGCCCGAUAAAGUGAAAAGCGGAUUUUUUUUUACAAGCGGAUGGGAGGGGGCAGUGACAGCGGCAAUUUUCUCAAACACGGUAAUUCGAGGCUUCUUAAACAUUUCAAGGACGUUUUAUCACAGUAAAAAUCAAUUAGAUCUAGACCCUGCUAGAUGGUGUAACUAAAUUAUAGCAGACCUACAUAUUUUGUUCAAUGACCUAAAACGAUGCAGAUCUAGUUUUUGUUUUCGCUUUAAUCUAGCAGUAAGCCCAAUAUUAAAGAUAACCACGUUAAAAUUAGAUAAACAUCGUUUGUAGAACUGCCUUGAC